CCUAAAAUAUCAUUGCCCGCAAUCGGCAAUUGAUAGAAUACAAGAUGAGUUCUUGCAUCUUCGCCAACAGAAUGAGUCCAUUGAUGAAAUUACCAACAUAUUCUUCGAUAAGUUAAAGUUCUGUGAUGAUUUCGUCAAGUCAGAAAGGAUGAAGAUAAAUCGGUAUUAUGGAAUGUUGAAGGCCGAGUAUAGGGAGUUCAUUACCCCUUCGAAGUGUGAAACUUUAAGCGAACUUAUCAAUUUAGCCCGGGAUAGGGAGAUAGAACUGAAGCGAUAAGUGGAAAGAGGAGAGAAAAGAGUUGCUGAAAAGCCAUCAAAUACGAAUUCAUCCAAGAAGCCUAAGCAGCACGACACUAGAACGAAAGGAGGAUCUAAAGGUAGUAUUCCCCCAUGCAAAACUUGUGGUAAGCUUCACACUGGAGAAUGUUUGAUGGGAAAGAAGGGGUGUUACAACUGUGGUCAAGAGGGACAUCCUUAUUUUAAGUGCCCUAGUCCUGUGAGGACGUGUUUCAAUUGCUUCACUCCUGGUCAUGUAAAAGCUGAAUGUCCAAAGCUUAAACAACAAGGGCAGAAAGAUGAAAAGAAGAAUGAAAAUCAGAAGGCUCGGGGAAGAAUGUUUCAGAUUACUACCGAGGAAGCCAAGGUUUCACCGAAUGUUGUGUCAGGAACGAAAGAAGAAGGAGUUAGUUCCGGAUCACAAACAAAGGCUCAAGAUCGAGGUAAAGCACCCGUAUGAUUAUCAUUGCGUCGCUCGGAUAUGAACACACCUUGAUCACCCGUGAUACGCUUCCGCCCCUUUUGGUAGUAACUUCAAAAGUUAAUAGUUUUUGUAAUGUCUAGUUGUGUUGAAGUCUUUAAACUUUAACUAGUUGUUUGCAAAUAUUUAGUACUUGAAACUCGAUGUUUGAAA